GGCAGAUGACAGUUACUUUUAGACAGCUCGCGUUACGUCGUGACGUCAUGACCUUAAAAAAUUGUAACGGUUUCUUUUCAAAACUUUCAAGUUUUCGGCAGGCCAUUUAAAAACGAGUUAACAAGAGCAAUAAAAUUAUGCUACCAGGCAAAAGUGACUCAUUCACGUUCCGCAGAGGUAUUACUGAAAACGGGUCGAACAGAAGCGCAGGCAUGCAGAAUUGUCGAAGGAAGUUAGAAGACAAAUUCGACGACAACCAAAAGAAUGGCAGCACCCACAACGAUAGAUCGGUAUUAUCAGUGCUGUCGUUGAACGAUAAUGCUAGAAAAACGCUGAGAAACGGGGCUGAAAGACUGACGAAAACUUUUAACACGUUUAGAACAUCCAUAGGAACGUUUACACAGAAAUUCAAAAUAUCGACAAAACGUCGGCAAAUUUUGGAGGAAGGUCCAAUGACUCCUAAUGUUGCUGGUACGACUCCAUAUUCAAGGCAACUUUUAGGACGAACUCCAACUAAAAUGUACAGUCCUUUCGGAGUAGAAAGUCCUUAUAGCGCUACUACGUACAAUAUGGAAAAUGUGCCUCCUAAUUACUAUACAAAAUAGAAAAUAUUUUGAUCGAAAAUAUGUAUACAGGGUGUUUUAGUAGCAUAAUAGCUUCACUGAGUUAUACAGUAUUGAAAAUGUCUUGUACAGUUUCGCUUUGUAUAUAGUGAAUCUUAUAUACUUUGAUUUUUUUACAUUCCUAUUUUCUAGGUACUAUUUUUUUACAAACGUUGAUCGUUUGUAUAUUUUUUUGGCUGUACUAUUGUAUUUUUGUAAUUAUAAGUAUUUUGCAGUAUUAUUUUUGGUAAUAUUACUGAUUUACUUAAUUUAAUUAUUAUAUUUUAGUGAUAUUUAUUAGCAGUGAGUUAAAAGUGUAUAUUCAUACAUUAUUGACGUGCCAAUUUUUGUAUUUUUGAAAAUAAUGUCCAGCUAAAUUUCCUUGAUUAGGAAAGUUCUUUUUUCUUUACUCAUUUUUUUAUUGUAUUUUGUUUGAGACUGAUAUUGGUAUCUUUUUUCUUUUGAUAAAAUAUUUUGUGUGAUCUUUGAAAAAAAGUUUAUGGUAAUUGCGA